AUGGUGAAGCAAACUUCAGCAGUUAAGAUUGAAGAAAUAUCAUUGAAAUUCUGGGGGUCCUUAAACUUGAGUUGCAAGUUGGAUAGAUUGCAACAGGCUGAAAGCUGGGUAACAUCAGUAAAAAACAAUUCAAAAGUGGAUGCUUCACAUUUACGAGCCAUGAGUAAGCUGAAGGUCUGGUGGACGAAUCGAAAUCCUCAGCUCAUUGGCAGCUAUUACCUAGAAGCUGGCCGAAAACGCAAAGGAGUAUCUCUUAUCACACAAAGCGACCGCGGGUGGGAGAUACUUGUAUUUCGCUGGCUUGCCAUUCCUUGGAUCCAAGCGGAAAUCGAUAAAUGGAUGAAACGUUUCAAUGAGAGUCCCCGUCGUGCUGACAAACACAAGCUGCUUCCAGCAGGCAUACCGGAUCUUAUCACUUCAAAACCACACUUAUAUCAUGCCAGUGAUUACAAGGUCAAUGUCUCCCCAGAGCUCUUCGACGAGAUGGAGAAGAAGUGGGCACCUCGCGAUUUACCUGUAUUUCAGCUUGUUCCGCCGGCCUUUGAAGAACACGCAAACGUGCUUUACGCUAAGCUUGGAAAACCGGCUGUAUCUUCAACAAGCUUCUGGCAUGUUUAUAAGCAGCUUUUAUCUGCCUUUCGGGGCCUGGCUUCAUCUUCUUUGCUUGAUGAGGCAGCGUUGGCCGAGGAUGAUGCCAUGCCAGAGGAUGAAGUACCUCUGCUUCCUGGUUUGCGAGAUCUACGAUUUGGUGACGAUGCGUCGAGAGAUCUUGGAUAUGUUUACUAUGGCGGUCUCGAACAGCCUCCCAGACUUGAACCUCCCACAGAGAGUGACGAGGAAGAGGAGGUUGCAGUGGAUUUACGAGAAUAUGCUGAUUUCAACUUUACUGUCACCGACAACAACAAAGCCAUUCAAUGUGGACGAUCCGAAUGUUCAAUCAAGUUUUACCCAGCGGGCACGGACUUUCACUACCUCCACAGCAGUGAUCCUUCGGUUCCAGGUCGUGCUGUCUGCACUCAAUGCUAUGAGUAUUAUCGUGUCAAGAAGACUACACAGCGUCGACCAGUUGGUCAACCUGUAUCAACACCGUCAAGUUCCAAUGUCCAUGAGCAAUAUGUUCAGCAACAAAUUGUUAAGGCUCAAAGGACCGCUCGUGCCGCCUCAGUUCAGCAUGUUGGAGCGAGUGUGCUGGCUGCUGGUGCAGUCUUGCCUAGCUACGCGGCAAGGCCAUCUCACAUGUCAGGACCUAUUGUACAGUUGCCGGGGCAUCCUACACCAUCGGCACCACCGUCACGCUCACACGCAAUUGGCCUUGACCACGCUCUCGGUGCUACAUCAGGGUAUACAGUUAACCACAUUGGUUAUCAAGCAGCACGGACAAAGAUGGCUAGCAAUGCAUAUGCUGGGAAUGCGGGACAGGUUAUUAUUGUAGAAGUUCGUGUUGUCCACCUUCUGGAAAGAAAAUUCAAGCCUAUUCUGAUCGGGGACCUGCUUGCCGUUGUCCCCAAUGUUCCAGUCCAUAUUGGUGCGACUGAGUUGAAAAUGAUUCUAUAUCAUGAAAUCCUACCAGAGUGGAUGCGUUACACUGAACGUUUUCCUCUGGCUAUCACUGACAUUGUAAUGAGGGACAAAGAUUGGGUUGAGCUCCGUCCGAGAGUCCCAGAUCGUGAUGCUCUUUUGUGUCCGUCAUUCUUCAAGAAUGGCAAGAAGGGUGGCCAAACGUUCAAGGGUGGAAAGGCUCUGGUUCAUUUUCAUAUUCCGAACAAUAUUUAUGCCGCAUACGAAGCUUGCUUAGAGGAACGAGAGUAUCAAAAUUUGGUUCUUGAUGAAUCUCCAGAUCACGGUACACUAACCAUGAAGGCCAGCAACACAAAAGGAAGAAAACGCACUCAUACAAAAUCGCAACGUGAAACUCAAACCGUGCGCACUGCUACUACCAAUAAAAAGUCACAACGUCAACGCAAAAAUUGGCCAACCAACACUGGCACCAUCGAUAUUGACAGUUCACCAUCAAGUUCCCCUACAAAAUCUCCUCCUCCGAAGCGGGCGCGAACACAGGCUGGGUUCAAGCCACUUCAUUUGAAUGACUCCAAUGCUUCUCCUCGUAGAGUGGCAUUGGAUGAUGCACUUCGGGCACAGACACACGCUUCUCCUCAUGAAGUGCAGAGCAUAUUGUUUAACCAGUCGUCGCACGUGGAUGUUCUGGUAUAUCAAGUCAAAUUUGCACAAUCCUUCGAUGAACUUCUCGCUGCUUUGGACUGGCAGUCUCAUUUCGACUUUGAAAAUCCUCAAGAUAUGCAACUAAUUCUGGACAUGUCACCGGCAGGAAAACCCAGGAAAGGGGCUUUCAAGCUGGCAUACUUCGGAAAAUCUAGUCAGCCGCUCUUUUCUGGCGACGUCAAUAUCUGUGCGAAACAGAGCUUCUACCAAAAAUCAAAGACCGUAACCCGACGAGACGGGCGUGCUGUUGAAAUCCGACAGGAUAUCCCAUACGAGGGCAUCAAGCAAGCUCAAGACCUCAUCAUGGAGGUCACUUGUCUCAAGUGGGCUCACGCACUGCUCGAGAUGGUCUAUGCCUUUAUUGAUGAAUGGAUGGAUUUGCACCCCAAAGGAAAGUUUCGCUCAAUCUCGAUUCCACGGAUGCGGUUUGUGGAUGCAGGACUCGCUAUAGAACAACUGAAAAAGCCAGGAGAGCGUCGUUGUUUCCUGGUGGAAGAGAUCAUUCCGACAACCGAAGGAUCGUUUAAAAAGUAUCUGAACAAUGCCUCAGCGGUUCCUUGCCACUUCAUUGAUGAGGGCGACAAUGAACGCGCCGAGUUUCUCGCUUUUGCGCAGCAUGUUCAAUACAUUCAAACGAAGAAGCGGGCAUAUGUAGCCGACUUCCAAGGUUGGUCUCCAGUGCUGGUUGAUGCUCACGGCGUGCUUACUGGGGCGCUCCUCACGCAGGUGGCACUACUCUUCUAA